AUGCCAGAGGUGGUGGAAGGAGCAGCAAAGCCUCCGCAAAUCUCCGAGAUGUUCCAGAAAUUCGCCCACGCCUUCAAGGCCAAGACGUUCGAGCUCUUCGCCGACGAGGAAACUUCCGCCGCCGCCGACGCCGACGUCUACACCCUCCUCGAUUCCGCCGAGGAGUUCAUUACGGAUCAGAAAGUGGUGGUUAUCAAGCCCGAUUCCUGCAAGUACCCGCCGUCUCCGGACCCUACGGCGAAAGCCCAGUUCACCAAUGCCCUCGUUUCUUCGCUCUUCGCCAACGUUUCAUCGUUUGAAGCCUCGUAUCUCCAGCUCCAAAUGGCCCACGUGCCUUUCGAUGAGAAGGCCAUUGAAUCAGCUGACAAAGCUCUGGUGUCGAUUCUUCAGAAAUUGACUGAAAUCAGGAAUUUGUAUAGGAGUUUCAAGAAGCACCCUAGCUGUAAUCUUGAAUAUUUUCCGGUUGGGUCGGUUUUGGAGUUUCAGGUGCAAGAGAAUCAGAGCAAGCUCAGGGCUUUGGAGACCAUGGUAAAUCAAUUACAGUCUGAUAUUGAGUCUAAGGACGAUGAAGUUUUGAUUUUAAGGAAGAAGUUAGAUAAAAUUCAUGACACUAAUACCAGUUUAUCCAGAAAGUUAGGGGUUAGAACAGAAAAUUUGAGUAAUAGCAUAGAUGUGUUGUUAACAAUUCGUGUUUUUGAGUUAAUGUUGCGGGAUUCAUUAAAGUCUGUGCAUUGUUUUAGCAAGUUAUUACUGGAAUUGAUGAAAAAAGCUGGGUGGGAUCUAGGGCAGGCUGCAAGUUCAGUUUAUCCUGGUGUUAAUUAUGCGGAAAAUGGGCAUGAGAAAUACACAUUUCUGUCUUAUGUUUGUUUGGAGAUAUUCCGAGGUUUCGAUAAGGAUGAUUUCGGUAUACUUGAUGACAACAAUGUUUGCAAUGGUAAUGGCUUGGUUUGUGGUGGUGAAAAUGGUUAUCUGAGACAAUUAAUCGAGCAUGUCUCAUGUAAUCCAAUGGAUGUCUUGCAAAAGAAUCCAAAUUCUGGUUUUUCAAAGUUUUGCGAGAAGAAGUAUGAGCAACUGAUCCAUCCCACGAUGGAAUCAUCCAUCUUUAGCAACAUGGAUCAGAAGGAAGUCGUAUUGGAUUCUUGGAGAUCGUUGAGCGUAUUCUAUGAGUUGUUUGUUAGGAUGGCGAGUUCGAUAUGGCUGCUUCACAAGCUAGCGUUUUCGUUUAAUCCCGUGGUAAAGAUCUUCCAAGUGGAGGGAGGGGUUGAUUUCUCGAUGGUGUACAUGGAAGACAUUACAAGGAAAAGCACCUUCUUUUUGGGUAAAACUAGGCCCAAGGUCGGUUUCACAAUUGUUCCGGGGUUUAAAAUUGGCCAGACGAUCAUUCAGUCUCAAGUAUAUCUAACCAGCUUUAAGCAUCCGGAGCAGCAUGGCUCCCAGCGGGAUUUGAUGAAAAUCUGA